GUAGAAAAGUGUUUUCAUCCUGUGAAAAAUGCAUAAAAAUCUCGUGUUUCUGGCGCAAAUCCUCUGGCUGGGCUGUGUCGUCGCCUUCCCGGAUCAGGGCAAGUGGGACUUCAUCAUGACCAAGGAAAUGUCGCUGAACACAAUUUCCAAGUCCCUCUUCGAGGGAUCCAAGAUCUACGUGCAGAUUACUUGCGAGUCCAAGUAUCCGGACACGGAGAUCCAGAUCUCCUGGAUGCUCAGGCAAUCCAUGUGUUACGAUGGUCAGACGCACUACUUCCCGAACAGAGCUCCAGUGAAGAACGAGACUGAGCCCACAAUCUCGGACAGCAUCACGGAGACGUGCAAGCACGGCGGCCACAUAAUCCUCAACGAGUUCAAGUUUGCCGGGCAUCCGGCGGCGGAGAGCAAGCUGGACACGGCAAAGAAGAAAGCCCGCCGCGAGUCGGGAAGCAUUCCCGGCCCGAAUCCCGUGUUCACCAUCACGAAGGACGGCGUGUACUUCUUCACGCUGCGCAUCGAUACGCCGCCGAGCAACCCGCGCGAGUUCAAUGCGUCCGUGCACGUGGAGAUCCGCGGCCCGCAUGGCUACUUGUCAGCCUUCGACUGGCCACUGCUGCCGUUCUACGGCAUCAUGUGCGGCAUCUACGUGCUGUUCGGCGUGAUCUGGCUCACGGUGUCGUUCCUGCAGUGGCGCGACCUGCUGCGCAUCCAGUUCUGGAUCGGCGGCGUGAUCUUCCUGGGCAUGCUGGAGAAGGCGAUGUUCUACGCGCACUACCAGACCAUCAACUCCACCGGAGUGUCCAUCAAGAGCGUGCUGGUGAUGGCCGAGUGGGUGUCGUGUGCCAAGCGCACGCUGGCACGCAUGCUGGUGAUCAUCGUGUCGCUGGGCUUCGGUAUUGUCAAGCCACGCCUCGGGCCGAUGCUGCACAGAGUUGUGGGCACGGGCGCUCUGUACUUCGCGCUGGCGUGUGUCGAGAGCUAUCUGCGCGUGGUGCAGACGAUCAAUGAGCCAAACAACCAGAUUCUCGUGGCCAGCAUUCCCCUGGCCGUGCUGGACUCUGCCAUUUGCUGGUGGAUCUUCACGUCUCUCGUGCAAACGACCAGAACACUGAGACUGAGAAGAAAUAUGGUGAAAUUGUCUCUCUAUCGACACUUUACCAACACUCUCAUCUUCGCCGUGAUUGCUUCUGUGAUCUUCAUGCUGUACUCUCUGAAGUCCCAUAGAAUGGCGUCGUGCUCAGACUGGAAGGAGCUCUGGAUUGAUGACGCUUUCUGGCACAUCCUCUUCUCCUCCCUGCUGCUAGUCAUUAUGAUCCUGUGGAGGCCAACUAACAACAAUCAGCGCUACGCUUUCACGCCACUCCUGGACAAUCCGGAGGAUGAGGACGAAGACGAAGAGGAGCAAUUUGUGUCCGAUGCUUAUGGCGUGAAGAUGCGAGGCACUCACGGUGUGUCGCCGCGGGCGUCGCGGAGCGCGACAAAUGACGAGGACGACCUGAAGUGGGUGGAGGAGAACAUCCCGGCAGCAAUUGCUGACGCAGCGCUGCCCGUUCUCGACUCGGACGAGGAGAUUGUCAAUACGAAGUUUGAGGUGUCGAAAAUGCAGUGAGCGAAAGCACAAGAAUCCUUUAAGUCAUAACAUAAGAGAAUAUUAAAUGAAUUUCUACUGAUAAGAAGCCUCUGUGCUGUUAAUUUAUAUAUAUAGUGGCAUGUAUUAUUGAGUAUCGAGUGACAUGGGCGAGUGCGUCAUAUUGAAUAAAAUAUGAGUUGAAGUGCCGUUUAUUUCUUUUUGUAAAAUUAACUUGUGACUAAUUUGAUAUCAAAACUACUAUUUUCUGUUGUACUUGUAAGUGAUGUUUUUCCUUGAUGCCCUGCUGCAAUUUUGCAGAGAUGGGAAGUGAAAGGAGCUUAAUAAAUGAUGAGAAUCAAAAUCCUGUAACAAAAUGCCACUGUGAAUAUCACUACAAGUAUUCCAAAGACAAUUUUUCCUUUUCUUGUACUUACAUUUGGCGAUUGCUUUGUUGGUAAAAAUCGUAAAAAAAAAUAUGGAGAAAUCUUAAGAGAAGUGUGUGUCAGUGAAACUCCACAAGAUAUUUCUCUGUAAAUAUCGAGUAAUUUUUUCUACUUUUUCUAUAGUAAUAUCAAAAUAUCUAUAUAAGCAUUAAAGAAAGUAUGUAGUGCAUUAUAUGUAAAUAAAUUAGUUUAAUUGACUGAAUAA